AUGGAUCAACAGAAAGACAAUAUCCAUUCCACUGUGGAGGUGGAUGGUCUUCCCCAAAACAAGAUCGACGACCCGAUUGCACCGGAUGUAUUUGACGAGAGAUAUCGCACGACCCGGACGGAAAUCUGGGCUUAUUAUGCCUAUUACAUUGGAAAUAAUGGCUUGUCACUAUUCAACUUCGCACCGACUGCUUUUCAAAACUUGCUCUCCCAGGCAGUCCCUGCCGAUGGACUACUCGACUUUCUCGGUAGACCACGUAAUGUCAACAGCAUCGUGCUCCUCUCCAAUGGAAUCUCGUUCGCCAUCCAAGUCGUGGUGUUCCUCAUAAUCGGCAGUUUCGCCGAUUUCGGUUACUGGCGACCCAACAUCUUGAUUGCGCUGUCGAUUAUUGCCUGGGGCAUUGGCUUCGGCUGGUUGGGUGUCCAUACCCCGGAUAAGUGGCGUAUCGGCGUGGGUCUAUACAUGGUAGGCUUGAUCGCCUAUCAAACCACGCUCACUUUCUGGACCGCUGCGUUCCCGGGCUUAGCGCGCAACUCCAUCGAAUUGAAGGAAGAGGCCGACAAAUAUGUGGCCGGGAGCAUCACUCGGGAGGAAUAUGACUAUGCGGACACCAUGAUGCGCAGCAAACUUGCCAAUGUCGCUUUCUAUGUUCAGUCCGUUGGAGAGAUCUUUAUCUUGGCCAUUAUCGUGGGCAUCAUGUUCGGGUUGAAGGUCAAUGAUAGCGAGACUAAUAACAACUGGGGAGUGAGUGUGCUGAUCGCAUUCGUCUCUGGUGUGUGGUUGCUCGUCUCGAUUCCGUGGUUUAUUCUUGAGAAACGCCGUCCGGGUCAAGACCCUGGCAAACGGUCGAUCUUUGUUGCAGGCAUGUGGCAGCUGUGGCAUGCUAUGAAGCAGAUCUGGCAUUUAAAGCAGAGUCUGUGCUAUCUAGUUGGUUAUUUCUUACUUGGAGACUCUCUCAACACCACUGUGACUGUUAUUGGAACUUUGCAGAACAGCAUCGUUUCGUAUAAUACUCUGGAACUGACAUACCUGCUUAUUGUUGGCAUUGCUGCACAGGGUGCUGGCAUAUACGCAUUCUGGACAAUCCAGCAACGCUUCAGGCUCGGAACCAAAACUAUGUUCAACGCCGUCGCCGUUGGAAUCAUCCUACUUGAUGGCUGGGGCAUGAUCGGUAUCUGGACCCAGAGGUUCGGCUUCCAUCAUGCAUGGGAAGUCUGGGUCUACCAAGCGUUCUACGGCCUUUUCAUCUGUCCCUGGUACAGCUACUCGCAAAUUAUGAUUUCAGAGGUUACACCCCGCGGUCACGAGUUCCUAUUCUUCAGUCUCUUCAGCAUCAUCGGUAAAACCUCAUCUUUUAUUGGACCCAUCGUCUCAAGUGCAAUUAUCGACGCGAGCCCGUCGGGUAAUGUCUCGUUGCCAUUCUACUUCUUGUUUGGGUUGAGCGUUGCCAGCUUUUUGAUUCUGUUCUGGGGUGUUGAUUUAAAGAAGAGCCAGGAAGAGCAGCAGAGGUUCUUGUCGGAUAAGCUGCGUCGCCUGAAUGCCAGCGCCUCGUCCUCUGAUGACGAGACUUCCGCGGCAGUCUGA